UUUGAGGGCAAGUCAACCAAAGGUGUCACCGAUGGGCGUUCAGCCAAGACCAAGAACUUCCGUUCGACAGCGAAUAUAAAAGCUGGGAGUCCAAAGAGUUGGCCAAUCAAAAUGCAAGUGCUUGCAGUUCAAUUGUUUAUUCUGGCAGUGGUUGUCGAGGCUUCAGUUGGUGGUCAUGCGGUGGAGCAGGAGCAACUGUCCAGCCACGGUUAUGGACCAGCCAUACAUAUAAGUUCAGGGGUUCUUCAGCUAGCUCCGGAUACGGAACAACCGCAUUUGCUGCUGGUGCCCAACGUUCAAUCCUCGACUUUGGGAAAUCCUUGGCCGCACUUAUAUGUGGACACCUUGACCGCUUCGCACCUGCCACACUCAUCGCUCCCAAAUGUCCACGAACCCCGCAUUUUGGUCAGCGAUAAUGUGGACUUUUCGCAGCUCAAAUUGCCCCAGCAUCAGGUUGUUCACUCCCAUGGACGCUAG